UUACGUAUAAUUGGAUCGUAUGAGCAUGGCGAUUUUGAGUUUCACUCGUGUCGUUCUCUUUUUGUUUACCUUCCUGCUCUCCUACUAUGCCUACUCCAUGUACCUCAUCUUCAACCCAGCCCAGUGCACCAGCAAGAGCCGCGGGAGCUGUCUCCGUCCAGCCUACCCCAGCCACCUACCACUAGAGUUAUGGGUGUACGCGUCAGAGAAGCAGCUGGUGCAGAAGGAGAAGAUGGAGCUGCUCUGGAGAGAGAAAUCCCUCCUUCGCAACAGCUCCGUCACCAAGGAUGUGAACGUGACUCUCCCUAUCUCCACUCUGAAGAACGGUUCACUUUAUGCACAUGUCUUUCUGACUCUGUCUGGUCGCAAUCCUCUCCUCGCCAGCGACCGACCCUACAUGUCUGUCUUCGUUGUUUCCCUCACCCGCUACACCGUUCCAAGGAUACGACCUUUAACCUCCUCAGUGGAGGAUCAGUAGAGGACAGUUCUGGAGAGGUAACCAGUCUUCUGUCAGACCAGUCACUCACUGGGUCCCCUGGCUAGACAUGCACUCUGUGGACCAUGACUACCUCUUCCACCGAUCUCAGGUCCCCGCCGAGAUACUCCCCACCCUCAAGUUCUUCCCCGGGACCCCAGAGUACCUGCCCAUUCUCUAUGUGGACCGUCUGAAGAUAAUGGAUAACAAGCUCCAAUGUUCCCUGAAAACUCCAGUCUCCCUCUCAAGCUCUCUUUCUCUCCUGUCAGUAUGGGACAGCUCCGUCUCUGGCUCUCCUUUCAUCACUCCCUCUCCUCCCUACGACAACUCGGGUUCACGGAGAAGGAAUUUGAUGACGUAAAGGGAAUAUUGUUGGACACCAACCUCCCUCUCCUUCUACUCACUGUCUUCAUCUCUUUCUUUCACCUCCUGUUUGACUUUCUGGCCUUCAAGAAUGACAUCAGCUUCUGGAGGGGUCGAAGGUCAAUGGUUGGCCUCUCUACAAGAACUAUUGUGUGGCGGUGUUUCAGUCAGUCGGUGGUGUUCCUGUAUCUGAUGGACGAGAAGACGAGUCUCCUGGUCAUCGUUCCCAGCUGGAAUUGCUGCCCUCAUUGAGUUCUGGAAGGUGACAAAGGCACUAAAGAUCAAGAUUGUCUUCAGAGGUUGCCUACCACUGAUACAGUUUGGUACUAGAGGAGAAGCAGAGGCAGAGAGUGAAGGAUACGACAGUGAAGCCAUGCGAUAUCUCUCUCUACCUACUCUACCCGCUGGUCCUGGCUGGAGCUGUCUACCAACUGAUGUAUACCUCAUUCACCAGCUGGUAUUCAUGGAUCUGUCCAUAGUCUCGUCAAUGGUGAGUGUGUCCACUAUAUACCAUCCCUCAAUGGGAAACUUUAUGUAAAAUGGUAGAAAUCUUUCCGGCAGAACCUUUGACUGUUCCUCUUCAAAUUCCUACAAAUCCACUAGUCUUUUACUGAUGUUUCUUGCCCUAACACAUGCAGGGGUGUAUGCCUUUGGUUUUCUCUUCAUGCUCCCGCAACUCUUCCUCAACUACAAGCUGAAGUCAGUAGCCCACUUGCCGUGGAGAGCCUUCAUGUACAAGGCCUUCAAUACAUUCAUCGAUGAUGUGUUUGCAUUCAUAAUCGUCAUGCCAACGUCCCACCGCAUCGCAGUCUUUAGAGAUGACCUCGUUUUCCUCGUCUACCUCUACCAGCGAUGGUUGUACCCAAUCGACCGCACCAGAGUCAACGAAUAUGGAGAGUCCUUCGAUUCCGACACAAAACAGAAAAAUGAGUAGUAUAAAAUCGAGGUCAUCAUGAUGUAAUCAUUUGACAGGUUUUGUUCUAGAUUAUCAAUAGUGAUUGUGAAUAUCAGUUUCA